AUGUUAAAAGAUAUCAAGAGUGAAAUUUCUAUUAGAUUAAAUAAAAAUAAAGAUGAGUUGAUUAUUGAAAAUGAGGAAAAAGAAGAAGAAGAAGAAGAAGAAGAGGACCCAAGACAACCGAAUAAAAAGAUUCAUAAGAAAUCAAUAAAAUCAAUAUUAUUACCCAAUAGUUUUAUUAAAUCAUUUAAAAAACGAAAUUCAAAUAAUGAUCUAGAAAAAAAUAGUGAUGAAUUAGAACAUAUUAUCAAACAACGUCACACAGUAAUGAUUUCUCUAGGGACUGGAAUUGGAACGGGUUUAUUAGUAGGUACAGGCAAAGUGUUAUCUCAGUCGGGUCCUUUGGGUCUAAUGAUCGGGUAUAUUGUGUCUUCUAUCAUGGUAUACCUGAUUAUUCAAAGCGCUGGAGAAUUAGGAGUUGUCUAUUGUCGAAUGGUUGGUAAUUUCACAAGGUACCCAAGUUUAUUAGUUGAUCCUGCAUUCGGUUUUGCAAUCUCUAUUAUCUACACCUUUCAAUGGAUAACUGUCUUGCCAUUACAGUUAGUGACAGCUGCAAUGGUAGUCGAAUGGUGGGAAGUAUCAAUCAAUUUAGACUGGUUUGUACUAAUAAUCUUUCUCUGUGUUAUACUAAUUAAUCUAGGCGGCGCCAAAGGUUAUGUGGAAGCCGAAUUCAUUUUCAAUAUAUGCAAAAUAUUAAUGAUAUGUGGGUUUAUCAUUUUGGGUAUAAUUAUCAUUGCUGGUGGCGUAGGUACGAGUGGGUAUCUUGGAAAUAAAUAUUGGAAGGAUCCCGGAUUGUUUGCAAAUGGUUUCAAAGGUGUAUCUGUUGUAUUCUGCUAUGCUGCAUUCAGUUAUGGUGGAGUGGAGACGGUGAUAUUGACUGCUGCAGAACAGAAGAAUCCAGAAAUAUCUAUUCCAAGGGCAACAAAAGUGAUAAUUAUCAGGAUUUUACUAAUAUAUUUAUUAACAUUGGUAAUAAUAUGUUUCUUGGUGCCUUACAAUGAUCCGAAGUUAAUGGGUUCAGUUUCUUCCUCCAGUGACUCCUCAACAUCAGCAACAACAACAACAACAACAUCUUCUCCCUUUGUAAUUGCAAUCGAGUUACAUGGGAUCAAAAUAAUCCCCCAUAUUAUCAAUUCUGUAAUACUGAUAGCGGUAAUAUCAGUGGCAAACAGCUCAUUGUACGCUGCUCCAAGACUAUUGUUAUCAUUAUCACAAGAGGGUAUAUUACCCAAAACGUUGCAAUAUAUUGAUCAAAGAGGAAGACCGUUAAUAUGUUUUACGAUAGUGAUUAUUUUUGGCUGUUUAGGCUUUGUUGCCACCAGUGAUAAAAGAGAAGAGGUGUUCAUAUGGUUAUUGAGUGUCUCUGGCUUAUCACAAAUCUUUAUAUGGAUGUCAAUGUGUGCCUCCCAUAUAAGGUUUCGCUAUAUUUUACAUGAACAAAAAAGACUAUUUAUGGUAUCAGAACAACAAAUAUUGGAAUAUGAUAGAUAUAAAUCCAAGACAGAUGUUUGGGGGUCUAUCAUUGCGUUGCUAAUAUCUAUUUUAAUACUUGGAUGCCAGUUUUGGGUAGCAUUGUUUCCCAUUGAUGGAGAGAAUGGAGUCGAUUUAAAAAAUUUUUGCCAAAAUUAUUUAGCAGGACCAAUAGUCAUUGUGACAUAUAUUGGUUACAAAAUAUAUCUUAGACAGUGGCAAUUGUUUAUUCCAAUUGAAGAUGUAGUUUUACCUGACAUUAAAGCAUGA